CCGGCGAGUAUGAAGAUACUCUUUUCAUUAGUUGCACAUACAAGAAAUUCAGAAGUUUGGAACUGAAAGGCAGCCAAGAAGGACAGAAAACAAAAUCAAAUUUUCAGUUCGUUAGAGAAAAAAGUUAAAAGAGAUGUUUCCUUCAAUGAUUUUCAUGUUCUUGGUUGCCUUUCAGUUCCAUACUUUUGAAUUUCUAGUACGUGCAACUGAAGAAAAGAGUAUCUUCAUACUCGUCGGCCAGAGCAACAUGGCUGGCUAAGGUGGUGUGACAAACGGGACUUUGGAUGGUUGUGUCCCUCAUGAAUGCCCGAUUCUUAGACUUAACACAGAGCUGAUGUGGGAGGAAGCACAUGAACCUCUACAUAGAGGCAUGGACACAACUAAAACUGGUGGGAUGGGACCGGGAAUGUCAUUUGCAAAUUCAGUGCUGGAAAGAGAUCUUUGCCUUGGGGUGAUCGGUUUGGUCCCCUGUGCUUCGGGUGGAACCAAUAUAACCGAGUGGAAACGAGGCUCUGAUCUUUAUAAUCGGCUCUUGAAGAGAGCUAAUGCAGCACUACGAGAUGGAAGAAAAAUUUGACCAAUUCUGUGGUAUCAAGGUGAAAGUGAUUCUACAGAUGAAACAGAAAUGUAUAAGACGUUGAUAGAAUUUUUCCUUGACAUCCGGCGAGAUUUAGCUUCCCCUGUGCUCCCAAUUAUUCAGGUGGCGUUGGCUUCAAAUUACGAGGUUGUAAGAAAGGCCCCACUAGAGAUAAAACUUCCAAAUGUAAUAUGUGUUGAUGCCAAGGGACUGGAGGUGAAGAAAAAUGAUACACUUCAUCUUACUACUUCAGCCCAAGUCCACCUGACUAAAAUGUUGGCUAAUGCCUUUUUCGAUAUUGGAAUUUAGUGUAUUGAUCAAGGCAUGGGUGGAAAAAAAAUAUUGAAUGGGUAAUAUAGUGCUUGUUUGAUAUAAAUUUUUAGCAAACGAUUCUAUAAGAAAAUUGUUAAAAGA